ACUAAAAUGAAUAAAAUCAUACAUGCUAGUUUGUAAAGAAACGAAUUCUAUAAUAAAAGGUAUAAUGUUAAAAAGAUUAUAUAAGUUACAUAGAGAAAUAAGUUUCAACUCAAACUUCAUCAAGUGAAAAGUCAUGUUAAAUGGAUACUGAGUUCGAUUGUGAAAUAAAUAAAAAAGUUUAAUCAACAGUAAAAAUAUAAUUUAAAUUUAAGUGUGAUUCUAGUGUAUAAGGGUACUCAUCUCAUGAAACAAACUUUAUGAAAUGUGAAAAUACACCUUAAAUACACUAAAAAAUGGAAUCUUUAUGUAUUGAUGAAGAAUCAUUUAAUUUGGAUGAAGUUCUUUUUAAUGAAUGUGAUAAUUUAAGUCAUAUAUCUGAAAAUGCAAAUAGUUGUGAAAAAUGGUAAGAAGAAUCCAUUCAUUGUUUUAUUUAUGAAUAAAAAGGAAAUGAAGAAGAGGAAGAAAGAAAAAUGAAAGAAAAUAACUAUUUUUAUGUAUUAAAGUAAAUGGAAGAGACAGUAAAAAUAGAGAGAAUUCCAGAAAAUUUAAAAAAUAUAAUGGAAAGUUUAAAAUUUAAAAUACUUUCUAUUGGACCUUUGAAAUUGUAAUGUUAAUAAGGUCAUUAAUGGGAAGCAAAAUUUGAUGAUUUAACUCAUGAGUAUCAAUGUAGAUAAUGUUAUGAAAUGUAAAUAAAUAAUAUAUCUAAGUAAAUAAUAAUAACAAAAAUCAAAGUUUAAUUAAUAGUAAUAAAAUCAAUCAGCUAAAAAACAUGGAAAAUGUAUACUAAAUUAAUAAUAUCCAGGAUAAACAAGAUGCAAAGAAUGUAAAUAGUAAUUAAAACAAUAAUUGAAAAAAUAAAAGUAAGAAAAUAUUAGAUAAACUAAUGAUAUGUAAGAAUUAAUACUAAAAUUAAAGGUAUGAGAAGCUGUAAAAUGAAUUAUAUCUAAAAGCUGUUAGAUUAUUAUCAUAAGGAAAUAAUGCUGAAAAAUAAAAAAUAAUAAGAGCUUUUAGAGAAACUGAAGUAGAAGUUGAUAAAGCUGCAUUGAAUCAUGCAAAUCGCUAUUGUGCAAGACAGGGAAUUAAUUCAUCAGAAUAAUUAUCAUAAAUAAUGGUUGUUUAUAAAAUGCUGCUGCUUCCUGAAGGAGCUUUAAAGAAAUAUGUUUAGAGUUAAUAAAGAGCAAUAUUAAAAUAAGAAUAUAAAAUAUAUGCUAAAUCAGUACAUCCAGAUAAAAAUUCACAUCCAUAAUGUUGUGUAGCAUUUUAAAAGCUUAAAAAGUUUUGGGUAGACAUACCCAAGACGGGUAUGAGUAGUGAUAUAAGUUCUUCUUAAUAAAAGUGAGCUACAUAACUUAAUCAGAAGUUUGAAGAAAUAUA